UUCUAUAAUUUCCCAUUCCGCUCGUACACUUUAGCAAAGUCUUGAAACAAACAACUUUAAUCUCCAAGCUUUCUUCUGGUCUCUCUCGAUGUGCUUUCUCUCGAACUCAAUUGGACAAUAUGUUUUGAGCUGUGAAACAAGAUUUUCUUGAUCAAAUUUUAUGGAGUCAUCACACCUCAAUAACCCUCCUCCAACUGGCACUAGUGGCGGCUCAGACCACCACCACCACCACCACCACCAACUCCAAAGUCAAUCCCAACCUGGGUCCUCCUCUCAUGUCCCAAGCCAUCAUGGUCCAUCAUUCAUGGGCUCCAUCUCCACAGAACUAGUCUCUUCUUCAACUACUUCCUCCACCGCCACUACCACGACCAAUAAAAUUACCAAAAGGCCCUCCAAAGACCGCCACACUAAGGUCGACGGUCGAGGGCGGCGCAUCCGCAUGCCGGCCUUAUGCGCCGCCAGGGUGUUUCAGCUCACUCGAGAAUUGGGUCAUAAGUCCGACGGCGAGACCAUCGAGUGGCUUCUUCAACAGGCCGAGCCGGCGAUUGUCGCUGCUACCGGAACCGGCACAAUUCCGGCCAAUUUCUCCACUCUAAACCUCUCGAUUCGUAGCAGUAGCCACAACACCACCAUCUCUGCUCCGUCGAAGUCCGCACCUCUUUUCAUCAACGGCGGCGGCGGCUGUGGUUCCGCCGUGUUGGGUUUUCAUCACCAACUCUCGACCGGCGGUUAUGGCGAAGUCUCCAAUUAUAUGACAAAGCGGUUCAAAGACACAGAAACCACACAAGAACCGGGUUCAGAUCCGAAGCCCGGUUCAAUUCAGCAGUCAACCUUCCUUCCGGCUGCCGCCAUGUGGGCGGUUGCGCCGGCCCCCGCAAACGGCGGCAACGGGUUUUGGAUGCUGCCGGUGACAGCCGCCGCCGCCGCCACAGCGGUGGUGGGAGGCGGGCAGGUGGAGCAGCAGAUGUGGCCGUACAAGGGAACGCCCGUUCAGAGAAUUGGUGGGUUUGAGUUUCCGGGUGGUGGACUGUUCAGUCCGGUUCAGCUAGUGCAACAACAACAGCCACAGCCGGUUGUGGCUUCUGUAUCUAGGGUUGGGUGCAUCCGAAAGUAG